UUUAGUUUACGAAACGGGCACCUGUAAGACACACCCAUCCGCCAUAUUGGAAUCAGAGGAAGAUAGGCUGCGAACUUUAGAUACAAGGUACAGUAGCUGUGUCGCCUGAUAUCCACAAUGUCUAUCAACGAAGAUCUUGGUCAACCGACCAGUGACAGUUUCUGGGAAAUAGGCAAAUAUAUGCGAACAGUAAAACGAUGUGACAAUGGUUUUAAACUUUGUGAUCAGUUAAAAUCCUUAGUAGAAUCCAGAAGUGAAAUAGAAAAAUCUUACGCUAAUCGAUUAUCUCAGUGGUCCAAAAAGUGGAAUGAUUUUCUUGACAAAGGUCCAGAAUAUGGAACAACUCAGGGAGCAUGGAGAAGUGUUUUAUCGGAAGCAGACAGUGUUAGUGACCUUCAUAAUGAAAUAUCAGAACGUUUAAUGUCGGAUGUGUAUCAGUCAAUUAAACAUUGGCAAAAAGAAAACUAUCACAAAUCUAUGAUGCAUUUUAAAGAAACAAAAGAAUUUGAAGACGGUUUUAGAAAAGCACAGAAACCAUGGGGAAAAAGAUUAGCCAAAGUUAUAGCUGCCCGUAAAGAUUAUCACACAGCCUGUAGAACAGAGAAAAGUACUGCCAAUCAAGAAAAUAAUGCUCGGGGAGAUUCUACAGUAUCACCAGACCAGCUAAAGAAACUUCAGGAAAAAUUAAGAAAACUACAGACUGAAGUCGAAGCAAACCGAGAAAAAUAUCAAGCUGCAUUGAAUGAUUUAAAUGGUUAUAAUGCUAAAUAUAUAGAGGAUUCUACAGAGAUUUUCGAAAAAGCACAAGACUUCGAAAGAAAAAGAAUAGAAUUUUUCAAGAAAACUUUAUUUGAAAUGCAACGCUGUUUAGAUUUAAGUGUAGAUCCAAGAUUCAGUAAAAUCUAUACAGAUCUACAGUCAUCUAUAGGUAGAACUGAUGCAGAUAAAGAUUUAAAAUGGUGGUCCAGUAACCAUGGUGCUGAUAUGUCUAUGUCAUGGCCAGCAUUUGAAGAAUAUUCUCCAGAUCUACAAUCUAUAUCAAAACGAGCCAAAUCUCAGAUAUCAACAGGAGAUGGGAUAACAAUUACAAGUAUUAAACAUCAGCGUGACAGUAGUUAUGAUAGUACAAGUGGUGGUAGAAAUGGACAAGAUUCCCAUCCAGCUCAUCAACAACAAUCCAGCAAUGAUACAGAUUAUGGUGCUGCCUCAUCCAACACCUACACAAACCAAGGAUCUGAAUAUGAUGAAUCUUUAAAUCCAUUUGGUGAUGAUGAGGAGGAGGAGGAAGAAGAAGAUGACAAUAAAAAAGCUAUUGUAGCUCCUCCUAAAAUAAGUCGAGUUUCAAAAGCUCCGGAACCUAACCUUACAAAUGGUGAGAGGAGUGUUCAACCUCCAAGUGAAAAGAAUCCCUUUGGUGACGACUUUGAUGAUAAUUCAGCAGAUGAAGAACCCCCAUCAUCUGGUUGGACUGUAGAAGCUAUGUAUGCUUAUGAUGCUACAGAAGAUGAUGAAUUAAGUUUUAAAGUUGGUGAAGUAUUCUUGCAAAUUGAGGCUAAAGAUGAAAUGGGAUGGUGUAAAGGAAGAUUAAAUAAUGGACAAGAAGGUUUCUUUCCUGCAAAUUAUGUUCAGCGCAAGUGAUUCCAUUGUCAGUGGUUAUAGCCAUAAAACUUACUGCAUUACCUUUAAAAGGAUCCAGCACCUAUAUGAAUAAAGUACAUAAUAAGUACUAUGAAGCUAGAACAAAAUAAAUUCUUUACUGUAAAAAUUAAAAUAGCCAAAAUACAUAAAAAGCAUUUAUAACAAAUUUAUGGUGAUUAUACUCAUAGUUUAUUUUUGUUGUUUACAAGCUGUAACAUUAGGUAAAUAAAAACUAAAGAUAAGAUAAGUAACACAUUAGAUUUUGAACUUCACAUUAUGGUUAUGUUCAUCUAUUCAGUAUUACUAAUGAACUCUUGAUCAGUCAGUACUAGAUAAUUUAUUCCUACUGUAAUGAUUGUUAUUGUUCAUAACUGUAUAACGCUCUAUUCUGAAUUCAAAUUCAAAAUUACAAAAUUGAUAGCCUUAUUGAGUAUUUUUAAGAUAAAAUUUGCAAUAAAAAAUAAUUGUGUUUGGGAAAAUAUCUGUGUUUGUAUGCAAUGAAACCGAAGCUGACCCACUUCUAAUUGGAGUGAUAAUUUCCAAUUCACAAUGUGAUGUUGAAUGUAGCAUUAUAUUAAAUAUUAAAGAGAAAUAGUAUUGGUACAGUUGUAUAGCUCAAUCAUACCACAAGCAUUCCAUCUAUAUAAUAUAUUUAGUAGUUAGAUUCUUUUCUUAUAAUCACGUUUUGUCUUUCUUCUUAUAUACAGUACAUUAGAGAACAUAACAUAAAGUUCUUGAAAAAUGAAAAUAUUACAAUCUCCUUGUGAUUGUUGCUAGUGGUUGGUACCUGGACAAGGAACAACAAAUUCUUUCAUAAAUGAAAUAGAAAAUUGUAAAUAAAGUUGUUUCAGGCUUCAGUGUCCUGUGAUGUUGUCAUAUGAUUCUAUUAUACUGACUCUAAAUUAUGCCUCUUGAUAAUUAUGAUUGGCUGAUAGCAGUUAGGUUCCCUUAUGUUUUUGGCACACCCAUAUUGGUGAACUUAAAAUUAAAAACAUUAAAAACAUCACCUUUUCAUGUCUUCAAUAAUUCUUACUUGUGGAAAAAAUACUUUGAGAGUAUUUUAAGGAUAAAGAUCAUUUAUUUUGAAUUUAAUUUGUGUUGAUUUGUUUCAAAUUUGAUUUCUUUGUCAUUAAUUUAAUCUUUAGGGACAAAAUAUUAAAGAGCAGUUUUUUUAUAGAUUAAAUUGAACAUAGCAUUGAUUAUUACAGAUCAUUUAAUCUACAUGUAUAUCUCAUGCUAAAUAAAAUUAGAUUACAUUUUUGUUACAUUACAUUUUUUUUCAGAUUUUACAUUUAAAUUUGUAUCGGCCAAUUAUACACCACAUAAUGCUGCCCUUUACUCUAAUCCAGGUGAAAUGAUUGGUCAUCAAGGUCAUGUGUUCUGAGCAUGUAGGACAUCAGAAAUAAAAUGAAAUUGACAUUUGAUAUUAAUCAGUUUGUCUAUGUGUACAUGUAUGUAUAAUAUAUAUUUUUGAAAUACUUUACACAUUGUGAAUUCCAUCUACACAAACCAAUUACUACAUAGUUUUUUUUUUACAAAAUCUUAUUUUCUUAAAUAGAAUGAAUCUCUUUAACAGUGUUGUCUGUGAAUCCAAGCCUUGACCUAGUUCUGAUUUUUGAUGUCUUGUCUGGAAGAUGACUACUAAAGUUUUUUGGUUCUGAUUUGAUCGUUUUCUUUAAUAAUUCUAGUAAUAGUGAUGGCUAACGUAGUCCCUGGGGUAUCUUUUACAGCAUGAUGCUAAAAAUAAGAACAGUUUAUCAACAGUUAAAAUUAAAUUUUUUAACUAGCUUUCUUUGAAAAAUGGCAAGACUAUCUAGAGAGCUUUAUUAAAGAUUAAUAUAAAGUUUGAAACAACAAGCUCAUAAGCAAGACAUGACAUGAAAAGUUAGUUGUAUAAAUUAAGUUUAUACUUUAUUGAAUCGCAUUAUAGAUACUGUUAUUAAGUCUUUAUAAUAAAAAAAAAAGCGAAAUUUUUAAGGUGUACAUCUACCUCUUCUUCGAAAUUUUGUGUAAACAAAGAAUCCAGUUAGUAGAAUCAUGGACCUUAUGAUAAGGUCCAUGGUAGAAUUUUCUGUCUUUGUAAAUAUGUACAUAUGUGUAAUUAUCUAUUGAAAAAUAGAUAUAUAUUAUCUACAUUUUUACUAUUAUUAACCUGUAGAUCAUAUAUAAUUAAUAAUCAUUUGUUUUGUUUAGUCUAUUUCACAUAUUUUUCAGAAGGAGGAAUUGUAAUUACAAUGUUUGCCAUCUAAUUUGUACUAUUUAAGUUACUGUUUAUUGAACAUCACUUAUGUCUUCCAAAACGCAAAAUGACACUUCUUAUCUUAGUUUGACUUAUAAUGUGCUAAUUUAUUUCAUUCUGUGCAAAGAAAAAAAAGUCAAAAUUGAUUUAUAUGUUUUCUCGUUUCAUGAAUUCUGAGCAUACUGCGUCUAAAUUUCAAGUAACCUAGCAUCUGAAGCAAUGUAACUUCAAUCAUUCAGAAAAGUAAAAGUUUUAUUGUUAUGUUUACUUAUUUGACUUUUAUAAUUUCAUUUUACUGUUUGUUAUUACAUGUACAUUGUUACUUAUUUUGAGGGAGUUAUGUGUAAUUUUGAGUCGAACUAUUUGUUAUAAUUACAAAGAUCUUUUGUAAUAUAAUGUGUGAAUAUUUGAGUGCAAUUUAGAUCCCUAGCUUAAACUAGUAGCUUUGUAUAAUAAUGCAUGUAUUGACUUUAGCAUAUCAACAUCAGUAUAUGAAUAGAACAAGGUGAGGGACUAUUUGAUGUAUAUAUAAAUUUUCACUUAUCUUGUGACCAGGGUUUCUUUAUGGAAUAUGUAAAAUGUGCCCUACAUCAAAAUGUGGAUUUUAGGAGAUAUUAUUAAUUAUUAUUAUCAAACAAAUCUAAAUUUAAUGUUUUCAGUGAGAUGGAUAUUGGUUUCUUUACAAACUCAAUAAAAGAAAUAACAGAAAACUUUUAUAUAUACGAAAAAUCUAAAUUUUUUGAAAAACAAUUUUCUUUUUAGAAAUACUUAGAAAAUAUAUGCGAUACUUAGAGUAGCCUGCUAAAAUUUCUGGAUAUUUUAUGUUUGGAGGAGAUUAUUGUGAAUUCCUUAUGGUGGGCUAAAAUAUAACAAUAAUCAUUGAUACCAAGCAUAGCUUAAACCAGAACCUGUCUAUUGUAAAAAGUGAUAUAUUAUUUUAAUAUGUUUUUAGAAUUGAUGGAGAACAGUUGAUGUGUUUCAUUCUUUAGAAUACAUAGCUUUUAUAACAAAGGUCUAGAUAGUUUAAAAUAACAGCAUCUACACAUUAAUGAUAUAUUAUAACCGAUAUUUAUUACUUAUUAUUACCUAUAUUAGAUAGAAAGCUGUAUAUCUAGAAUUAUAUUUAUAUAGAUGAAAGGUUUAGAUAUAUAUAAUGUUUAUAUUACACCAUGCAUUGGUCUAACAUGGCAAAUAAAUAAAAUCUACAAAUAAA